UUCUUGCUCCGAGUCUCCUCCACUCUGUGCUGCACUCCUUGUGUUGUCACCCGAACCGGGAAUUGUCUGUGUUUCAGGAACACAUUUGUUCAACUAUAAGCUGAAAUGGCACCCAAGAAGGACCCUAAGGCGGCGGCUCCAGCCAAGAAGGCCGAACCUGCACCUGCACCAGCACCCGCACCCGAACCAGCCCCAGCUCCUGCAGCCGCUCCCGCUGUCGACCUGUCCGCUGUGAAGAUUGAAUUCAGCGCAGACCAGGUUGAAGACUACAGGGAGGCCUUCGGUCUGUUCGACAGGGUGGGUGACAACAAGGUGGCUUACAACCAGAUCGCCGACAUCAUGCGCGCUCUUGGACAGAACCCCACCAACAAGGAAGUGUCCAAACUGCUGGGAAACCCCUCAGCUGACGACAUGGCCAACAAGAGAGUAGAGUUCGAGCAGUUCCUGCCCAUGCUCCAGACCAUCAUCAACAGCCCGAACAAGGCAGGAUUUGAAGACUACGUUGAGGGUCUGCGUGUCUUCGACAAGGAGGGCAACGGCACAGUCAUGGGUGCUGAGCUGCGUAUCGUCCUGUCAACACUGGGAGAGAAGAUGACUGAGGCUGAGAUUGAUGCUCUCAUGGCAGGACAGGAGGAUGAGAACGGCUGUGUCAACUACGAGGCCUUUGUGAAGCACAUCAUGUCUGUGUAAGGACCCUGCCACUGCGGUGGUGAGCAUCAUAUACGAGCAGACCCCAUGGUGUCAUGACAUCCACUCACUGUUUCCUGUAACACCCGAGGAAACGGGGGGAACAAUGGACAAUGAGAUGUCACUUCUGAAUCCUUUUUUUUUUUUUUUUUGUUCUGCACUCUUUUUUUUUCUUCUCUUUUGUCCAAAACUGGUGCUUUUUUUCUCCCUCUUUUCCUCCUCCUCCUCUUCCUCCUUCUCUUCCUCCUGCUGUUCCAGAAGCCAUCCCCAAUUUUCCAUGAGACGUCUCUUCCUUAUCUUCAACAAAGUACCCCUCCUGCCUCGUUGGGGUUUUAUGUCGUCACAGGUUUUUACAGUGUAAUAGUGAUGGAGCUGUAGGUAGGUUCUGUCAAAUACUGUUUUAGCUCAAGUGACUGUUCGGCCCAGGACUGGCCACCAAAAUGAAUCACUCCUCCCCCAACCCGAUCCCCAAGUCUUAACUUAUUGUACACCCAUGUCAUUUCACAAUAAACCUUUUCCAAACUCCCAUUUUAA